AUGUCAACUAAGAAGGGUACAUCUCAGCCACGACCUUUGUUUCUGUACGGAACUCUUUGUGUGAUGCCACUGUUGGCAAGGGCCCUCACAGGCGACUCCAGGAAAACGAGAGAGGUCGAAACUCUCGUUCAAGCCGCUUAUGUGAAGGGAUAUUCCAGAUUUUCCUUGUAUGGCAAAGACUACCCCGCCGUAAUCAAACACGCCGACACCUCCGUUGUCGACGGCCUACUCCUGUGGCCCCGAAAUCAUUCACAACGUACAAAGUUGGACGACUUUGAAGGAGAGAAUGGCGAGGUGAUCGAUGCAGAUAUGUACCUCUGGGACGGCGACCAUGACGCCGUGUCGAAGGAUGGCUGGGAUCUACAUACUUUCAUUCAAGAACGACUUGAUGAUUGGUUGGAACUGUUUGGUGGAAUGGAACUCGUAGGGGACGAUGACAAAGAUUAG